GCUUGUUGCACAGCUGAUGUCUGUCUGUAGGCCUGGUCCUACGCUGCCUCACCUUUUGUAGUGAUGUUUCCCAGGGAGCUCCUUUUUAAAGUGCUUCAAAGCAAGGAAAAUAAAUCGCAACAGAUCUUACAUUAUUGUCCCUCUGACCCAGUUUUACUGUUUUUAAUUGUCCUCCUUUAAUUCUUUGGCUUUAAUUUAAAGUGUCAUUUCCAAACAUCAGUCCUGUGUUUUUUCUUUUCUUUAUACAAUGCUGUUAUUAAUAGUACAGUCAUCUACUCUGUGGUAGCACAGUUAAAGGCUGUUAUCUGGGAGAAAAGCCGCCCCAGAGAUAUUUGACAUUGGCACAACAUUUACUCCUCAGGACAGGAAACAAGCCUUCUCAAUAACCAGUUUAAAGUCAUUGUUACCAGUAAGCAAAACAGACCACUUUGUCUAGACAAAAACCAAGAAUUUAGUUAAAAAGUAAAAAAAAGAAGAAAAAAAAAAAAGAAAGAAGUAAAUUUAUUAAUGAAUGUCUCAAAAUGCGACAAAUAUGAAAUGAAAGGUCUGAGAAUUCGUAUUGGGUCUUUUAUAACUCAGUUUCUUGAAAAUUUGAGUAAAAUACAACAACAAAUUUGUACUUUCUAGUUAUUUUAGACUUUUGUAAAGUUGAUUUUAUUUAAAUUGCAAAAGAAAAUUCCAGGAAGUCUGUCUGACUGCCUUUUUGGGAGGAAAAAUAUGUAAGCCAUGUUGCAACGUGGUAAACUCCAGUUGAGUCACAUGGGUCAACCAAAGGAAAAAAGAGAAGCCACUAGGUUUACUUCAGAAGCACUAACAUUGAGCCAAAGAUAUGUAGUUAAAAUGCCUAUUCAUUUAGAGCAUAAAGAAGUUAAAAGUUACAAAAGGAGAACACUGACUGGGUUCGACCCACACUGGGUCCUCCUUAGAGCUUAGACAGGAAAAAGGACUUUUCAUUUUGAAAAGUGUUGAAAAACUAAUGAUAAUUAUUAAUGCUGUUUUAAUCUAGGACAAAAAUUUAAAAACAAGCUCAUAACAAGUUCUCGGAGCCCAUGUCUCUACAGUAGCCCAGAGUGGACAAACAAAACACUGGCUCUAGAUAAGGACAUUUGUGUUUUUGCGUCUGCCACUGUAGUUAGAAACCCAUGUACAAUGAGCAAAACACUGAUUUGUAAUGUGAAACUGCGUUAUUCAGUUUUUAUCUCCUGGUUUGUUUGUUUUGGGGAGAGAGAGACCUCUGUGGAUAAUUUAGCUCACAGUAAAAACCUCCCUAACAAUCAACACUAAAGGAAUUCAAACCGGGAGAAGUUUUAGAUGGUUGAAAUCUGCAAUCCUCUCCGCUAGAUGCCACUAAAUCCCCCUAAAUCUCACAUACUGGACCUUUUUAAAGGGUUUCCAAUUAAAGUUCUGUCAGUCAACUAAAUGUGAUGGCUUUAUAAGUAGCUCAGGUUUGAUCUAUUUUUAAUGCUGAAUUUAAAACAAUAAUUCACAAUUCAGUUUUGUAUCAUCUCAGUUAUUGCUCCAAGUAAUGAUUAUUAUCAUGAAUGAUUCAUAUAGUAGUUAUUUUAUAGAUUAAUUGUUAAUGAUAUGGUUUUUUUUUAAUGAAAUAUGUAUAUCACAAAUUAUCAGAGCCCAUGGUGUUAGCUUGAAAUUGUCCACAACCUAGAGAUAUUCAGUUUACAAUUAUAGAAAUCAGAAGAGAAGGACAAUCCCUCAUAUUUGGAGCAGCUUCAAAAGCACAAUAUUUGUCAUUUUUGCUAAAUAAUUAAUGUUUAUUUGUAUUUAUUUAGGUCCCCAACAACCACCAUUUCCCCAGGUGUUAACAUAAAUGUAUUUACAAUACUUUGAAUCUAAGCAGUGAUUAUUAAAUUGUUGAUCCGCUACUUUAUAUUAUUAUUAUUAUUAUUUAUUAAUCAAGUCAUUGUUUCAAUAUGAAUCAUGGUGGAAAAUAACAUCAGACCAAUUAAUUGUAGGGUUGGAUGAUGUGGAUAAAACUUCUAACACAAUAUAUUUAAAACUUAAUUUGUGAUACAUCUAUAUUCUAUUCAUUGAGUGAGCUGUUGUUGGAUAAAAUGACCAGAAUGAAUUACCUGAAAAUUCAAUGCAUUUCAUCACAUUUAUGUAGAAAAUAAAGUAAAGUAGUUCUGCCCACUGAUUUGCAACAUUCUCACAAUGGUGUAAAACAACCAGAGAAAUGUUUAGGGGAAAUAUACCUCAAUAUAUAAACAUUAAAUAUAUUUAAAAUGUUGUGCCAAUUAAAAAAUAUCAGGUUAAGUGUAGACACUGUUGGGCUUGUGCCAGACUCCACGUGUGUUUCUGCUUAUUUUAGCCUCUAGCUGUCAUCGUGUGUGUGUGUGUGUGUGUGUCCAUUCUCCAUGUAGCUGCUGCUGCUGCUGUUUUCACCUGUAGCUUCUGUAGAGCUGCUCUGGCUUUGCUGUGCUCUGGUCUGAUCGGUUGGCUCCUGUGUUCUCCAGUUGCUGAUUGACCUGUCAGAGUACGUCAAUCUAACCUCGCCGGCGGCGCUCGCCUUGGCACAGACCCAGCGGCAACCACCUAAACCACCACCAGACAAUACUAGGGCGUCUGCUACACAGUUAGUUAGCGCCCAGACCGACCAGCUAGACAGACCAAACAAACCAGUUGUUGGUAGACAAUUUUUGUAAGUUUCCGCUGGUGUUAUCCUCCCACCCUGUUACUGACCUCCCCACAUCCCAGUCAGCUGUAGUAGUCCAGUCCAAGGGUGCCAGAGUCGUAGUUUCCCGCUCCUUCGCUGACUUCACGUCUCAGGCUACCUUUGACAUCAAGAAAUGCGACGUGCACCGUCUGGAGGAGGGUCCCCCGUUAAAGGCGGAGAUGACGCGGGAGCAGGGCCUGCAGUAUUAUCGCAUCAUGCAGACUGUGAGGCGCAUGGAGCUCAAAGCUGAUCAGCUCUACAAACAGAAGAUCAUCAGAGGCUUCUGUCACCUGUAUGAUGGACAGGAAGCAUGUGCAGUUGGCAUUGAGACGGCCAUCAACCCCUCUGAUCACCUGAUCACCGCCUACCGCGCCCACGGCUACACAUAUACCCGGGGUGUCUCCAUCAAAGAAAUCCUGGCCGAGCUCACCGGUCGUAGAGGCGGAGUGGCCAAAGGAAAAGGAGGGUCGAUGCACAUGUACGCUCCACAUUUCUACGGAGGGAACGGCAUAGUGGGAGCACAGGUUCCUUUAGGAGCUGGCAUUGCUCUGGCCUGCCAGUACCAAGGCAACGAUCAGUUGUGUGUCACGCUCUACGGAGACGGGGCAGCCAAUCAGGGUCAGCUGUUUGAGUCGUUCAAUAUGGCCGCCCUGUGGAAGCUGCCGUGUAUCUUCAUCUGUGAGAACAACAAGUACGGCAUGGGGACGUCAGUGGAGAGAGCGUCAGCCAGCACUGACUACUACAAGAGGGGAGACUUCAUACCAGGAAUCAGAGUGGAUGGGAUGGAUGUCCUGUGUGUCAGAGAGGCCACCAAGUUUGCUGCAGAUCACUGCAGAUCUGGAAAGGGUCCGAUUGUAAUGGAGCUGCAGACUUACCGUUACCAUGGACACAGCAUGAGUGACCCAGGUGUCAGCUACCGCACUCGUGAUGAGAUUCAGGAAGUCCGCAGUAAGAGUGACCCCAUCACCAUGCUGAAAGAGCGCAUGCUCAGCAACAACAUGGCAUCUGUAGAGGAGUUCAAGGAAAUUGACAUUGCAAUCCGUAAGGAGGUGGAGGAGGCGGCUCAGUUUGCUACAUCAGAUCCAGAGCCGCCACUGGAGGAGCUGUGCAACCACAUCUUCAGCAACGACUCUGCGCUGGAGGUCCGCGGGACAAACCCCUGGGUCAAACUCAAGUCUGUCAGCUAGACUCACACACAUACACUCCAAAUAUACGCACGCUGACCUUCCACCUAGUGUCCCUCCAGCUGCACCCACAUCCUGACUUUUAACGCUCAGCACCUCCUUCCUCGAUUGUAGAUCAUUCCGCACCUUAAUAGGACUCAGCUCUGACCUGAAACCUGUCAGUGUUAUUUAUUUAUAGUUUUAUAUAGAGAUAUUUAAGAUAUAUUCUUUGUCUGUGUGUUUGUUCUGCCGUACAUCUGUUGGCGUUGUAUCAUCAUCAUCAAGCUGUGGCGAGCUGCUGCCAGAUGUUUGUGGUGUGAGAAGAUUCUUCAGAGGGCGCUGUGUGUGCUUUAACAAGUUUUAAAUACUGCAGGGCUGCGCAAUAUACGCACAAAACUUAGGUUUCCUCUUUUUUUCCCCCUAGAAUGGCUUGUCUGUUUUAAAUUCCUCCACUUUUUGGUAGCAUUUUUAGCUGUUUUUCCAGCUUUAAAUGUUCAGAAGAAUUUGGACUCUGCUUGAAGAAAAUUGUCUGAAUCACUAUUUUCCUUCCAAGAAACCAUCGGCAGCUUUAAAAAAACAAAAACAAAAAAAACAAUUGUGGAUAUUUUAAUGUCGAUCAUAAAGCAAUCAAUCAUCAUUUGAGUCUUUGACUUUUCAGACCUCUUUUGCUUUAGUUUUAAGAUGUUUUUAAGAGACUGCAGGAAAGAAUUCAGUAUGUUUUGUGUCAGCGUGCUGGAAAUGCACUACAGGGCAAGAUGAGCAAAAUACAUUUACUCUACUGUACUGUACUUAAGUACAAUUUUUAGGUAAUUAUUACAUUUUCUGUUAACGCUUCAGAGGGAAAUAUUUGUACACAUCUGUAUUUACUAGAUACAGUUAGUGACUUUGCAGAUUCAGAUUAUUAAUAUGAAUUUAUUAACAAAUCUAUUCUGAUUUAUUAUUUGAGAGUAGAAGAAGCAAUACAGUCAUUCAAAUGAGCUGCAGCUGCAACAUUAAAGUGAUGAACACAUGAAUGCAUCAGUAAUUAUAAUCCAAUAAGAUGUAUUAUUCUGAAAUGAGCCAUUCUGCAUAAUGAGUACUUUUACUUUUAGUACUUUAGGUAUAUUUUGGUGCUUUUGUACUCCAGUAAAAUACAGGACAGUUACAUGUUACAGGUUUUCGACAUGGCCGUACUGCUACUUUUAAGUAAAAGAUCUGAAUACUUCUCCCCCCACUAGUUUGAAAGGACAUGUUACAAUCACAAUUUCCAGACCUGAAAAGUUGUGGAAUUAGUCUAAGUCAUUGAAAGUCUUGGUAAAGUAAAAAGUAUAAUGUAGUCGCUACUGUAAUCUUAUGUGGAUAACACUCUGCAUAAUGUAACAUAACAGCAUAUUAAUUUUCUUCAGCUAUGUACAUAACAUAGCUCUAACAUGAAUCAGUGUGUGACAGAGUUUUGUUUACCAUCAAGUACAUUUCAUUAGUUUCUCCGUGGGUUCGUCUCUUCCUUCCUGUAUGCCAGCUAGCUGAAAUGAUGUUUGAAUAGAGUUUGAAUCUGGUAUGUAAACGGCGGGCAAGUGGGACAAGAACAAAAACAAUCUUCAUUUUGGGUUCUUGGAAAGUCAUGGAAAACUAUGGGAAUUUUGUCCAUGAAAAUGUGUGGAACCGCAGGUAUAAUGUGAAACUGGUAUACUGCUGCAACAACAGUAGGAAUUUAUCAAAUGAUGAUUUCCGAAUAUUGAGAUGACUGUUGAUCAGCCGUUAAAAGCCUAAAUUUAAAUAUUUAAUAUUAAGCAAAGUGACCCACAGGAAACUACAGACCAGAACAUCCCAAUAUUCACGUUUCCAUCCAGCUACACUCCAAAUAGUUUACCUACCUGACUGAGCAAAGAGACGGAAAAUUCUAGCAAUUAAAUAAAAAGUUGAAAGUUUUGAGAGAACAAUUCUUCUCUGCUGAAAGAUGGAUGCACUACUUUUAUAUUAUUUAAUAGUUUACUUUCUGGACACAUUUUAGUCAGUGGUUUUAUGUGACUGCUACAUGUGAUGAUGCACUUAAAAUAUGGAGCGACUAUUUGUGUUUUCAAAUUUGGCAUAUGGGAAAACUUGAACGAAGAAACAGCAGUAGCACUAACCAGAUUUUCUGUUCCUCGCUACAAGUAACUCUCUGGUCCUUUAUAAGAAAGUUUACUGUUACUGAACCUGAACUUGUACAGAUAUAAAGCUUUACUUGACUGUUUGUGUGUUUGUGUUGAACUGAAAGACUGUUUGGCUGUAAAAUAAAUGCAAUCAGGAGGUAUGGAGACGAAUACUGUGUGUUUGUUGUGUCUUUAUCUCAUCAGUAGCAGAGUUCAUAAAUCUCUUUCUAAACGUUUGGAGCUUGU